AUGGUGUUGGGUGGGAGGUUUGAAGAAAGCCAGCGGGCGCAACCUUCCCAACUUGCCAACGUCGUCAACGCACAUUUUUGUAACUCGAUCUUGCAGCACAAUUCCACCGUGGAAUUCCUGGUUAGGAUGUUGAGCUCUUCGCUUCCUGGUGCCAUGCAUACCACUCCUGGCCAUGCGCUCACCUCGACUCCAGACGGCACGACUCGCGAGUUUCCCAUGUUGGAGCGCUCCUUCAGAGCGAAGAGCUGCCUGUUUGUCACCCAGCACGCGGCGCAACAGUUUCUUGGCUUCUUUGUUCGUGUCGACGGCUCGCGGUUACUAUGA